AUGCAGUUUGGACUCACUAAUGCCCCAGCGGAACAUGAGGAGCAUCUCAAGAUUGUACUACAAGUACUUAGAGAUAACCAACUUUACGCCAAGGCUAGUAAGUGCGAGUUUUGGCUCGAAGUUGUCAAAUUACUAGGACACGUGGUGUCUAAAGAUGAAAUUGUUGUGGACAAUAGCAAGGUGGAAGCUGUACUGGAUUGGAAGCAACCUAAGAUAGUAUUUGAAAUUCGAAGCUUCCUAGGAUUGGCCGGCUACUACCGACGGUUCAUUCAAGAUUUUUCGAUUCUUGCCAAACCGAUGACAAGACUGAUACAAAAGGGAGUUAAGUUUGAGUGGAGCGAGGCUUGUGAAAAGACGUUCCAAGAGUUGAAGAAAAGGCUAACCAAUGCACCCAUACUUAUCAUUUCGGAGUGGAAUAUAGACUACAGAGUCUAUUGUGAUGUUUCUAAAGAUGGCUUAGGUUGCAUUUUGAUGCAAGGAGGAAAAGUUGAUUCUUAUGGAUCUCGCCAACUUCGACCGCACGAGAGAAAUUACCCUAUGCACGAUCUGGAAUUAGCAGUAAUGGGUUUCGCGCUCAAGUCUUGGCGCUAUUAUCUAUACGGAGAGCAAUUCUAG